GCCUCUGUAAGAAGAUUUCAGAUGAUUCCAAGCUGAGAAGCUUGCAACUUUGUAGCCGGGUCGCUCUGGAAAAUGAGGGCCAUCAGUUUGAUUGUUCUCUGUGCGGUCGUGUUCCACUCUGCGGUGGUGAGCGAGAAGUUGCAAGUGGUCAGGGUUGAGGACAAGAAUUUCUGGUACGAGGAGGGAAAAGCGCGCAUCAGGAACCAGAAAGAGAAAAAGCGAAUCAUCAACAGGGCAAAAAAUGUGAUUGUUUUCAUUGGUGACGGCAUGGGGUUGACAACAGUGACGGCAUCGCGAAUUUACCAGGGACAACUCAACGGAGAGACAGGAGAAGAAAAUUAUAACUCAUACGACCUUUUCCCAGACGUAGGAUUAGUAAAGACUUACAAUACGGAUAGACAAGUUCCAGACUCCGCUGGAACGGCAACAGCCCUUUUUUGCGGCGUCAAAACUAAAUAUUCCACCAUUGGUGUGGACGAUACGGUGACCACCAGUGAAUGCGACCCAGAGAUUUACGAGGGCGCCAAGGUCGAUUCGAUUCUGAAAUGGGCCCAAGACGCCGGAAAACUGACGGGGCUCGUGACCACGACCAGGAUCACACACGCCACCCCAUCCGCAGCUUAUGCGCACGUCAUGGACAGAGAUUGGGAGUGCGACGGAGAAAUUCCCGAACAAUACCGCGGUUGUUUAAAGGACAUUGCAGUACAAUUGGUUGAAGAUUCGCCUGGCAAAGACCUCAAUGUCAUUUUCGGAGGAGGUCGGCAGCAACUUGGAUUCGGGAAUGGAGAUAGUUCUUGCGAAAGGACAGACGACCGAAAUCUCACCACCGAGUGGGAGCAACUUCGCGUAGAGGAAGGUGUGAGUCACCGAUUUGUGACGACCAGAGGUGAAAUGGAAGAGCUCCAGGACGAGAAGAAGGUCCUCGGUCUGUUCAGCUACGGACACAUGCCCUACGACCUGGAGCGAGAAACUGGUCCUGAAGGACCACCGUCCCUAGUCAACAUGACCGUCAAGGCAAUCAGACUUCUGCAAAAAGCUGAAAAUGGCUUCGUUCUAAUUGUUGAGGGAGGAAGGAUCGAUCACGCUCAUCACGACAACUACGCGCGACUCGCCCUGACAGAGGCUGUUCGAUUCAACGAAGCCGUGGCAGCCGCGGUCCAACUCACUGACAGCGACAACACCCUGAUCGUGGUGACGGCAGAUCAUUCUCACUCACUCACAAUGAAUGGAUACCCAGACAGAGGAAACUCGAUUUUAGAUUUCGCCUAUGAUGAAUCUGACGAGGGGUUAAUUUAUGAAACUUUGACCUACGCCAACGGUCCUGGAUACAACACGCACAGAAAGGAAGGACCGAUUGAAGCUGAGGAAUCUUUGUGGAAGGACGUGACGCAGAUGAAUCGAAAUGAGCCGCGGUACAGGCACUUUGCCCCAAUUUACAAAGACUUGGAAACUCACGGCGGCGAGGACGUCGCUAUCUACGCAAGUGGUCCAUUUUCCCACUUAUUCAAUGGCGUUUUUGAACAAAGUUACAUCGCGCACGUGAUCAGUUGCGCUGGAAAUUUCGGACCCAGUGCCGAUUUGUGCAACUCGUCGAUUUCUGUGAAAUCUGCAUCCUUUCUAGUCAUGUUCAUGUCCUUCCUCGUCAAGACUCUCAUUUAGUUGAUUAAUGUAAUCGCUAAUAAAUAGGAUAAUAAACCGAUCAACUCAUAAAUAUCUUACGCUUGGAAUAAGCAAUAAAAUACCAAUCUCGAUAAAAACCUAUUUAUUGU